AUGGCUACGGAACGGCGUAUCAAGUCGCUCAGAAUGCGACUUCGAAGUAUCGAGACGUCGUUCAACCUGAUCAAAGUCUUCGUUGAAAACUUCGACGAAGAAACUCAGUCGAUGGAAGUUCCCGUUCGGCUGGAAAACCUGGCCGUGUUGUGGGCGGACUUCGGCAAAACGCAAGCCGAACUUGAAGCCGCUGAUGUCGACGACAAUGCGGUGAUGGAACAUCAGCUGAAGCAGCGGGCCCAGUUCGAGACGGACUACUACCGAGUGAAGGGUUUUUUGCUGUCCGUUAAUAAAAGUACAUCGCCCAGCUCCACCUCUUGUCACUCCAGUGCGCAUUUCCCUACUUCUUCGCAAAUUCGGCUCCCAGAUGUAAAACUUCCUGUUUUUAAUGGCGCUCUCGAAAAUUGGUUGAAUUUUCAUGACUUAUUUAUUUCGUUGGUGCAUUCGUCGACUGAAUUGUCCAAUAUUCAGAAGUUUUAUUAUUUGCGUUCGUCAUUAGCGGGGGAUGCGUUAAAGCUGGUACAAACGAUUGCGAUUAGCGCCAAUAAUUACCCAGUUGCGUGGAACUUGCUGAUAGAUCACUUCCAAAAUCCUGCACGUUUGAAACAAACCUAUGUCGACUCCCUUUUUGAGUUUGCUCCGUUGAAAAAUGAAUCUGCAAGUGAUCUUCAUUCUCUGGUGGAACGAUUCGAAGCUAAUGUCCGCAUCUUGAAGCAGUUGGGAGAGAGAACCGAGUUUUGGGAUGUGUUGCUGAUUCGUAUGCUCAGUAUUCGUCUUGACCCCACUACACGAAGGGAUUGGGAAGAAUUUUCGUCGACUCAUGAGGCAGCUACCUUCCCAGAUCUGGUCAGCUUUCUUCAGCGGAGGGUCACCGUUUUGCAGAGUGUGAGCAACGUUCAACUGGACACUUCCUCUUCUUCGCUGCCUGUUCUUGUGAAUUCUGUUCUGGGAUGA